UUCUUUAAUAUUUGUAUUUCAGGAUGGUCAUCUGAUAUGGAGGUUGCAUGGGAUGUCAAGAUGUGUUAUCUGAUUCAGGGCAGUUACUACCUCCAUGGUCUUGUUACAGUUUUGAUUCUUGAUGUAUGGAGAAGUGAUUCUAUGGUGUUAUGUAUGCAUCAUGUUCUCACUCUUGUACUCAUAACUCUUUCAUAUGCAUGCAGAUAUCACUUCCUAGGUCUAAUGGUAGUGCUGUACCAUGAUUUCAAUGAUAUCUUCUUAGAGUUUUCAAAGUGCCAGAUCUACCUGAAAGAUAGAGGAAAUAAGAAGUACAUGAUCCAUGAAUAUCUUGCCAAUGCUGGCUUUGCUGUUUUUACUGUAUCAUGGUGUAUAAUGAGGAUGUACCUGUACCCAUUGAAGGUGCUCUACAAUGUCUUACCUAGUACCGCUAAGAUAUACUACAAAGAUCAUUUGCCAUUUGGUUUAGAAUGUAAUGCUAUGAUGUGGCUUCUGAUGUGCCUGGAUAUUUAUUGGUUUGUGUACAUUGUGAUCUUCCUGUACAAGAUCUUUACCAAGGAGCUUUCAGAAUUUGAAGACAUCCGUGAAGAUAAUGAAGAAAUUGAAGAGGAUAAAAAAGUGAAGGAGGAAAAAGAAAAGAAUGGGGCCAAACAUGCAUCUGGAGAUGGUGUAGCUAAUGGUGUCAUCACAGAUACUGCUGCAAUCAAUGGAAACGGUCUGAAGAAAAGGCACCCAAUUCCAAGCUCUUAACUUUUCCAUAUUUAAUACAGAGGAUUUGUCUUCAUUGAAAAUAACAUUGUAGAAUGGCAUUUUAUUCUGUGACAUCCAUUUAAGUACUGUAGCAUUGGUUAAGGGACUUACUACUCAUGUCACCUGUGGUAUCGGUCAAAAAGUCAAUAUGAUUAAGGCCCAGUCCAGCAACAGUAACAGGUACAUACAUGUUAACCAUUUAGAAGCUUUUCUAGAAGUUUGAUAGAAACUUGAAACCCUUAAAAAGCUGUAGAUGCCAUCUUUCAUCUCAGCAAGAAGUUUUGGAUGUUAAUCAAAGAUACAUGACAUUGCCACAUAUGAAAAGAUCAAUUUUUUUUCCCAGUGUUGGAUUCAUGCGUGUUUUACCCUCGAGGCUUAAUACCACUUAGAUCUUAGCCCUAACUUAAACUUACCGGGGGGGGGGGGGGGGGCUUUUAAGCCUCCCCUUUUUUUUGCUGCACAGUUCUCUGACCUUUUAUUUUCAAGUCUGGCAAAACUUUUGAGACCAAAUUUGUGAUGCCCCGGGUACACGAUUAAGAAAUUACUAGAAUUGCUCCAAACUGUGAUUUCAUGUACAAAGUCAAUACAAAAUGUCUUUUCAGCUAAAAUUCAUAAAUGAGUGAUUAUUUAUAGUUUCACUGACAGUAGGUAGCCAUUUAAUUUGAUACUAUCUAUGCCAAAAUAAUGUCAAAGACCAAUUUUGUCGAAGAAACAAAAAUGGGGAAAAAAGAACGAAUGCAAAAAAAAUAUAAAAUAGUAAUGCUAUAAAGAAUAUUUUCACCAAAAUUAGCCUUCUAGGACCUUUAGUAGAUGAAUUAGAGCAAAAGGAAUUCCAUGAAUAAAUAAGCAUAAUUAAUUCAUACAAAGUAAAAUGUAUGUAUUUCGUGCAAUUUAUCUACGCAACCGUGUAGAUUAUGUUAUUCUCUACCUUCAUGUAAAUUAUUGUUGCUAUUGCGAUCCUCGGCCGAGAUCCUAGUGAGGGCAAAAAAGCCCCACCCCUUCCCGGAAUUUAAGCUCGCAAAAUUGCACAGGUUACUUAGGGUUAUGUGUAGAGACGAUUUUGGAGAUGUCACAAAGGAUUUUAUUGAUUCAUGCACCUUUAUCCUGUUCCUUUUAUCAAUAGAGGCAUUAUCAAAGAAGGGGACAAUGUAGAGUAUUGUUACUAGUCUCCCAAAUACCUGUGAAAAUAUGAAUUUGGUUGUAUCAGAGUAAAUAAUGCAGCAGGAAAGGAUUUUCACCUGUAUAUUUUUUUAACCUCCCCCCAAAAAAAAUAAAAUCACACAUUAUAGAUAGAUUUAUUGUGUCAUCAUUGAAAAACUAUGUCUAUUUUGCAACUCAAAUCCCUCAUAAACAUGUGUAUGGUAAUGAUGAUGAAUAAGUAUUAACAAGGAAAGUAGAAAAUGAUAGGCCUAGACCUUGAUUUUGUAAAAGUGCACUCUUGGAAAUUAAAUAAUUUUAAGUGUAAACAAACAAUGAGAAAAUAACUUAGAGCAAGAUAAUUAAUUUAGUUCAGGAUUAAGAAAUAUAAAGUAAUGGUUUCAUGCUGGAGGUCUUGACACAUUGAUUAAACCAUUUUAUAUGUUCAUUGUCCCUCUUUUAAAAAUUCCAAUUCAGUUAUCAAGAUUAAAAUUACCGGUAAAGUGGUUUUACCUUUAAUUGCUUUACUAGGAAGUAUUUGACUUGGUUGUAUAUAAUUUACUUUGUGUUUGUAGGCCUAAGAUUUUUUUCAAGAAAUAUAAUUUUUUUAAUGAUUAUAAAUAUGAAAUCUUGUAAAUGUAUUAUCUCCAUGUGGAACUUGCCUAAUGUGGAUUGCCUUUCAUUUGAAUAAAUUUCUAUCUUGCAAGUCCUUUCUGUUAUAUGCCUUAAAUUGCAAUGUGCAUGUGUAUAUCAGGAUUUACUUAUCAAAAGUUUCAUUCAGAGAGGCAAUUUCAUGAAGUAGGCACAAAGUGAUUGACCUUUUUUCUCAAAUGAAAGAAAGAAAUCAAUCAAUAAAAAGAAGGAAACCAAGAAAGGCAAAAUGAAGUAACAAAAAAAGUAGCUGCUAAUUAUUAUUUCUGUUGAUUAAAUGAAUUUUGCACAAACAUACACAAAAACAUCUCAUCAUCCUCAGUGGACUGUAUACUUUUUGUCUCGCCCACCAGAGGUGAAGGCGAGACUUAAGAGUCCAAAUGUCGUCUGUCCGUCACAAACCUUAUGACACAUAAUUCCACAACCGUAAGUCACUUUUCAACCAAACUUGGAUGGUAGAUGGACUUGGGGGACCUGCAUUGUAUCCUGCAGUCGGAGGUCACAUGGUAAGGUCAAAGGUCAUUUUCAGGUCAACGUUAGAGUUUCCAUGCAAGACUCUCUUAUGACACCUAACUCCGCAACCGUUCAGUCACUUUUCAACCAAACUUGGAUGGUAGAUGGACUGGGGGGACCUGCUGUGUCAUAUGCUGCAGUCCAAGGACACAUGGUAAGGUCAAAUGUCAUUUUCAGGUCAAUGUUAAAAGUUUCCAUGCAAGACUCUUAUGACACCUAACUCCGCAACCAUAAGUCACUUUUCAACCAAACUUGGAUGGUAGAUGGACUUGGGGGACCUGCAUGUUAUGCUGCAGUCAGAGGUCACAUGGUAAGGUCAAAGGUCAUUUUCAGGUCAAUGUUAAAGUUUACAUGCAAGACUCUUAUGACACAUAACUCUGCAACCGUAAAUAACCUUUCUACCAAACUUGGAUGGUAGAUGUACUUAGGGGACCUGCAUGCUAUUGUGUUGGGAGGUCACAUGGUAUGGUCAAAGUUUAUUUUGAGGUCAGCAUUAAAGUUUACGUGCAAGAUUCUUAUGACAAGUGUUGUUCCAUUCCAGUCAUUUCACAAUGAAGUUUUGAUACAAUUCUGUUGCGUGCCCUCGCAAAUCACAAUAUUUCUGGUUAUUUUCAUAAGUGGGCGAGACACAAAAUAGGUUUUGCCUUAUGCAUAUUUAAUCAUCUAAAUAAAUUAAUGAAUUGUAUAGAAUUGUUGAUUUAUGAUGUGUAUUUUGGUAUAGUACAUGUAGUUAUUUAUGAAACCCUAUGUUAUCAUUGUAUGUAGGUGAUAUGAAAACAGCACUAAGGGUUGAUAUAGGCAAACUUGCUUUGUAUGAUGGUAAUUCUUGGUUACCGGAUUGACAUAUUCAGCAAUAUGUAUUUGUGCAUAUUAGGAUUAUUUAAUCUGUUUUUUUUUUUUUGGGGGGGGGGAGGGUAAACAUGUGGUUGAAAACUUAUUGUGUGUUUGUUGCAGUAUAUGAUCAAAUGUAACAAAUUUAGGUGCAAGAUUUAUUUUUUGUGUGAAAAUCAGAUUUUUAUUUGAUGUAAUUUGCUAGUGAGAUCAGUACAUAUACUAGAAGCAAAAUACUCUUUCAUCCUGUCUAUGUGGUGACAUUGCAUGUGGAUUAAAUAUAUAAGAAAGAGAAUUGCAUUUGGAAUAGGCAAUUAUAUUUGUUGUAUACAUGUAAAUCCAUUUUAGACUUCUUCGUUCUUAAUGUACACACAUGCAAGCCUAACAAUUCUGAAGGAUGUCAGCCCAAUGAUGUUCAUUAUUUGGGCAGUUCCAUAAAAUGAUCAACCUUUUUGUACAUCCGACCCCCAUUUUUCUAACAUCUUCACUUUAAACUGGCCAAAUCAUGGUCACUUGACAGCAUUACAUACUGUCAAAAGAAUAAAAAAUCAGAGACAGAAAAUUUCAUGAAGGUCCCAAAUAUAGGGGGUUGGACGUACAUAUUUUAUGGAAUUGCCCAGUUGUAAAAUGUAUGUAGAUGGUGGAGGAAGUAGAUUUUAGAAAGCAACUUUUAUCACAUUUGCCUCAAAUGUUAAUUAUCAAUGUUAUUAUUGUCUUUGCAAGAUGAUAAAAGUAGUAUAUAGAACAUGUUGAUGAUGUAUUCAUAAUUAUUGAAUAUAUGAAUAUAAUGCAAAUGUAUCUGAUUAUGAGUUGAAAACUUGAAAUGGUAAAUUGUUUUGAAGGGAACAGUAAGUGGUGAUGGAAGUUUUCACAAAGUUGUGUUGUAUGUCAAUAUUCCAUGGUCAUAUUAUUUUAUGUUGAAGAUGUUAAUAAGUUAUGGGGUAAGAUUUCAUAAACUUGGAAAUGAAAGCUUGGCUUUGUGAUGUAAUCCACAACCUCUUAUACUCUACCUGAUUUUUUUCCACUGAAAAUAAUUUUGUGGCAAUGGUUGUCACAAUGGGUAAUAUUUGUUUUCUGACAUGAGAGAUGCUUUUAUUCCAAUUUUGUUUGUGUGUGCAUCAUUCUACAGUGCGUAUCAAAAAAAAGUUUACACUUUGAAAACGCCCUGGGAAUUAAAAAAUAUACAACAUGAGGGUAACUUUUUCACAUAUAAUCUUGGGUUUGGGUCUCAUCUAUCCAAUGAAAAUAAAAGUUUUAACAGAAUGUUACACUUGAGUGAGCACUGUCCAUUUUUGUAAAGCUUGCAGAAAUCUGUUUGCGCAGAAAUGCUCGUUUUCACGCUGUGUCAAGGGGAAAGGGCGAUAUCAAACUUACCCUGCGAAACAUUUCUCAUACAUUUCCCUUGCUUUUUUAGUCAAUUGAAAUAAAACGUAUAUACAUUCAAGCAUUUUGUAACAAUUUUGCCACCCAAAUUGAAAUUUCAACACUUAGUAAGCACAACCUUUACCUUUUUUGUGCCAGCUGGAUCUGAGGACAUAAUUGAAUCUGAACAAAAGUUUAUAUCAGACAUCUCCGGCAUUUUUUCACGAAGUUUUUAUCAUUUAAAGUGAGUUUACAUUUCAAUUUUCAUUUGAUACUUGUUUCUCCACACUUUUGCCUAGCUUGACAAUGAUUAACAAAAUGAAAAUCAAGCCUAAGCCAUUUCAUGUAAAGCACAUCUCAGUGUAAGGCAAAUAUCGUCAGGAUGGCCUCGGUGUGUGGGGGAGUGGGGUGGGGCGAAAUGCACACUUCGAAGUGUUUUGGACAAGGAAACAAGUUAAAAAAGUAAAAGAUAUCUUCAAAUCAAUUUUACUAGCCAAAUUCCACAUGUUCAUGAUUAAGGUCUACUUUUAUUCGCAUAACUAUUUCAAAGUUCUGCGCAAAUCAUUUUUCACUAACUUUUCAAAAGUCAGUGUUGCUCACUCAAGCGGAAAUAUUUUUCGACGGUUAUAUCGUCAUUUGCUUAAAUUGAUCUGUACCAAUCUUAAAAUGUGGAAAAAUCUUCAGGAUAUUACAAAUAUAUAAUUUUACAGGAUUUUUUCUAAGUGUAAACUUUUUUUUAGAUACACACUGUAGAAUGAAAAUAAGAGGGAUUAGGGGGGCUUUAAUAUCAAUUCAGUUCAAUUCAAAAUGACUUUAUUCUCCAAAUCUUUAAAACAUGCAUAAUGUAUAUAUACUGUAUAUACAAGAUAAAAAUCCAUAAUUAUAAUUCAUUGAUGAGGAAAAAAGGAAACAAACAGAAAGCACAGUUUGUAAAUAACGAUGUUCCCUUACACUGAAAGGGCAUAUGAAUCAGCAGAUUUAAUAGCUUUACGACCCCUAUCUGGCCAGGUUCACUACCCAUAAUGCAACAUACUCACAAGUGCAGCCUUGUAAUAUAGACCCACUUGAAUUAUAACAUACUAAUUAACUACUUGAUAUAUUCAUAUUGCAAUAAAACAGAUACAUAUACUCUAUAAAACAUUUUAGAUUCUAAUAAAAUUAUAGGCAAUUUUAUUCUAUGUAUUACUAGUAAUUAUCUAAGAAAUGAAGACAUAUCUUUUAAGACUAGCCCCCCCCCCCCAGGUUAACUCUCACACUAGGCCCUGGUUAUAUUGGUAGGUCAAAUGAGUUUCUUAUUUAAUUGUCUAUAUUUCUUAAUGUAUUUCUUUAUUUGACUUAAAAAAAAACUUUUAUUGAGUUCUUGUUUACAACCUAAAUUUGUUGGCAAUGCCUUAUUAAUAAUUAUGGACUUAUUAAAUUUUGCAUAAUUUUGGAAGUUCUUACCAUAGCAGAUUUUGAGUGAAAAGAUUUGGACUCUUCACCUAAUUAUCAAGGAUUCUGGAGGCUUCAGAGCGCCCCCCCCCCCCCCCCCCCCCCCGGCGUGCCAAUGUUUAUACAGAUAAUUCUAUUUCUAUGCAUAUACUUCAUUGAGUUGACUAUUGAUGUAGAAUUAUACAUUCUACAUUAGCUAAUUUUGUUCAUAUGUAUACUCUUCACUAUAGUCUAUGCACAAUAUUAAUAGUUCUUAUUUGAAAAAAAAAGCAUUACAAGUAGAUUGACCCAUUAACAGAUGAAACAAUAUGAUUCAGUUUUUCAGGGUUUGCAAAAAAAAAUAUCUGUGUUUUACAUGUAGUUCAUAUUGUAUGCUAUUCUAUUUGGAUUCUCGUGAAAUACAUAUUAGUUUUGGGAUUAUACAUGAAGUGAAACUAAAGAUUUUCUUUUGUAUUUGUUUUCCUUGUUAAUAUGAAUAUUGGUGUUUGAUUACUUGAAUUUGGGGUAGGCAUCAGACACAUUUAUACAUUUCAUGUUUUGAAGAUAUUAAAUUUUGAAUUUGAUCUGUA